AUGGCUCCUGCAUUACCUGCACCUCCCACAUUGGAGGCCGAUAGCCUAAUUCUGUCUUCUACUCCGCCGCCGAGUCCACCCCUUAGAAGGCCAGUUGUGCUGCCGUCGUUCCAGGUAAGCGCUGCAUCCUCGUUGAAUUGUGCUGAUUUGAUUGCGGGGAUCACAGCACCCUUCGGUCAACCGGAUUUUCAUGCCGCGGUUGUUGCCGACAACCACUCGUUGGAGGAGUUGUGUCGGGACCAGAAACUGCAGAUCGACCGACUGCAAAUGCAGUUGCAAUCGUACUUCGGGGGUCGCCUUGCGCAUGGCAACCUAUGUCUAACAGCGUUAUCUCAGUCAUUGAAGGGAUCGUUAAGAUGUAAUCGAGAGGUUGCACGGGUUCCAGACGGAGCUGGCGCGGCGCUUAAGAUUAGAUCAAGUGGUCCAAGACUCAAGUCGGCCCUCUCAGAAGCCGAAAAGAAGUUUACACAAGUCGAGGAUCUGCGCACUCGUGAAUCGUCUGCCGCCCAACAGCAAGUGGAAGCGAUGACUUCGCGCCUGGCUGCUGCGGAACAGAAUUCGGAUGUCGACAAAUAA